AUGAGACCAACGUUGGCCAGCCUUUUCCACGAAUCACCGGUGAGUCUUUUAACGAGACCUUGGAAGAAAAACCGGGACGGAACGCUGUUUUACGGUGUAUCCAAGUCGGGAAACAGAAGAACUGCUUUGACAACAAAACAAGGUAACAAAACGCUAUAUAAAGGUACCCGUUCCUCAGGUAUCGGUAAACACACAAGAUACGGUGGCUAUACCAUUCACUGGGGGAAGGUUCGUACAUUUGUGACGCCCAGGAAUUUCAAUUCGGAACUCAAACCUCUAGUAACUCACAAUGUGCCAGAACUAAGACACAAUUUCCAAGGUUUCCAGAAGGGUGCAUUAGAUGCGCAGUUGUACUUUAAAAAGUUGCAGGACUACGUCAAGAACGGCAAGGUGCAGAGUGAAGCGUCGGACGUCAAAUGCUACGUGGAAAGGGGAUAA